CGUCGGCCAUUUGCAACGAUUUUCAUGGGUAAAAGACAAAGUACGGCAAAGUCGGUGUUUUCGGAUUCGUAUCAAGAAGAAUCGAGCUUCUUCAUCAUAGAAACGGACCAAAAAAUGAACGGCGAUUCCUCUUUGCUCGAAAAAAACAACGCACUUGCUGAAAGUUUCAACGAUUGUACAUCUAAAUCUAACGAAGAAAUAGCAGAAGAUUUAGUGACAAAUACUAAAGAGAUAAAAGAAAGCGGUUUAGCGUACGAGGUUGUUAUAAAGCCUGCUAUUGGGCCGGAAAGAAAGCCAAAUAUCGAAUCGCCGGGAAAAGAAAUCACUAAAGAGAUUGUUGACAAGAAAUUAGUAGAGGCUGCACACAGACGAAAUCUUCUUGUAGACGAGAAACGUGAAAAGGUCGCAGCAGAAAUAGAGCAUGUGAAAAAGGUCAAUCAUAUUCGCAGCGAGCAUGUUGAAACGAAGAUUAAAGAAGUUGCCGAGAAAUUGGAAGAGAAGAGAAAGAUCAUCGAGGCAAAACAGGAGGCAGCGAGAUUGGAGCUUGAAAGACAGCGUCAAGCAAAACAGGAAAGAUUAAAAGACGUUUUAAAGUUCGUUCAGGAGAAAGAAGAACUGUUAGUGAAGGCAACAGAAGAGAAAAUAAUUGUCAAAACUGAGAUUUCGACCGAGAAUCGGGAGGCAAUCCUUCAAGGUAUCAAAGAAACUCAACAAGCGAGGUUCAAAAAAAUCGAAAUAGCAAAAAAUGCUCGCGAAGAAGCCGAGCAAAGCAGAUGCAAAGACUUGGAGGAGAAAACACAGCAAAAGUUUCUUACUGCGAAGGAAUUAUUGGAAUAUCAAGAAAAACUACGCCAGGAAAAGUUCGAAGCGGAGGAAGAAAAGCUUAAACGUGCUAAACAUAUCAGCGAGGAGAAGAUAGUGCAAGAGAUUCGCAUGAAAGCAGAGAAAGCACAGCAAAAAAUGGUGAAAUACCACGAAAAUCGUAUUGCACAGCUCGAUGCAAGACGAGAGAGGCUUCGUGCUGAAGAAGAACACAGAGAAGAGGUUCGUUUAAAGAAAGAGGAAAGAAAUAUAGCAAGAGGAAUACAAGGUUGACGAUCUUCACUGGAAUAGAUUCUAAUCAAAUGUUAUUCAUGUCAA